UUUCUUUCCGUUUUCUUUUUUUUGGCCCUCCCCCUCAUAUCAACCAACAUGCUCUGAUUACUCGUCGUCUCCGCAUCCAGGGAACUUGAAGAAUCGCUGUUCGAGCUAUGAUGUUCAGAGCUCUCCAAAAACGUGUUGUUCCUUCAUUUUCAACAUUCUCUCUAUCUUCAGUAUCUCCUACGUCCCCUUCUCGAUCCGUCAGCACAUUGGUUUUAGCUGAACAUGAAGGUGGUUAUAUCAAGGCCCCAUCGGUGAGUGCAGUAGCAGCUGCAAAGUCUUUGGGCGAGGACAGUUCCAUUUCUGUGCUACUUUCUGGAUCUGGACCUUCCCUUCAAAAAGCUGCUGAACAUGCUGCCUCCUUCCAUCCUGCAAUUUCUCAGGUGCUUGUUGCUGAUUCGGACAAAUUUGCGCAUCCUCUGGCAGAACCUUGGGCCAGACUCGUUCAAUUGGUUCAUCAAAAUAGCGGCUUUUCACAUAUAAUUGCUGCCUCAGAUUCAUUUGGAAAAAACAUAUUACCACGUGCGGCUGCCCUUUUAGAUGUUUCUCCGAUUAGUGAUGUCAUUGAAAUUUCUGGACCUAAUCAAUUUGUCAGGCCAAUUUACGCUGGAAAUGCUCUUUGUACUGUUCGAUAUUCUGGUGCAGAACCUUGUAUGUUGACCAUCAGGUCUACAUCUUUUCAAGUGCCCAUAUCAGCUGAUUCAAAUCCUAAUGCAGCUCCCAUUUCCCAGGUUGAUCUCUCAAGCUUUGGUGAAGAUACUGUGAGUAAAUCUAGAUACUUGAAGCGUACAUCUCAGGAUACAGAGCGGCCAGAUCUGGGCAAUGCACGUACAGUAGUCACCGGGGGACGAGGUUUGAAAAGUGCGGAGAACUUCAAAAUGAUUGAGAAGCUUGCAGAGAAACUUGGUGCAGCAGUUGGGGCAACUCGUGCUGCUGUUGAUGCCGGAUUUGUUCCUAAUGACCUCCAGGUUGGUCAAACUGGAAAGAUUGUUGCUCCAGAGUUGUAUAUAGCUUUUGGAGUUUCAGGAGCCAUUCAACACCUAGCAGGCAUGAGAGAUUCUAAGUUCAUUGUUGCUGUUAACAAAGAUGCAGAUGCUCCCAUAUUCCAGGUAGCUGAUUAUGGGCUUGUUGGCGAUCUAUUUGAGGUGAUACCAGAAUUGUUCGAGAAGCUUCCUGAUAAAAAAUAGACUUGCUUUCCAGUCUCCAGGUGCCAAAACAUCAUCGAAUUCAUUGUUAAUAACAAGUUUCUAACGCCUUUGAAUUUGCCUGUGUAAAUGUACCUGGAGCUGUCUUCUUUCAAAACUAAAAGAAAAUCAUAUUAAUAAGAAAAAAGCCAAUGGGGCAUUUGUAUGUGCAUUGAAAUCUGUCCCCGCCCUCCGCAAGGAUUUACAGUUGUGCUGAGAAUGGGGUUUUUCAUUUGUUGAUGUCUCUAUUUCCAAUUAUUUUUGGUGUUGUAUUCAUCUCCAAUCCCAAUUUCUUUUGUAAUGAGUUCAAAUCCCAGCUCUGAUAAUGCGAUUGCAUUCUUUCAAUUCCAAAUGAAACAUCCUUUCUCUA